AAUAAUGUCUCUCUAUCUCUUUCUCCACUCUGAUGACAUUGUUGCAUCAUCGUUCUCAUCUCAUUGACAUUCCAGAAAUAAUCAUAAAACGUUUUUUUUCAGGUCCAGUAGAUAUAUAUUUUUUUAUAUUGAAAGCAGAAUGAGUGAGACAAGCAUGAAUCCGGGGAAAGUUCUGGUGGUGGAUGGGUCUCAUGGGGAAGGUGGAGGUCAAAUAAUCCGGAAUGCCGUCACCUUGUCGUGUAUCCUCAAAAGGGACAUAAAAGUGAUAAACAUCCGAGCAAACCGACCGAAUCCGGGUCUCGCAUCCCAACAUUUGGAGAGUAUUUUGGCAAUGCUUCGAAUUUCUGGAGCCACGACGUCCCUCACUCCGAAGAAACAAGACACAUCUUUCGACCUCAACGGGACCAGCAUUCCCCGUGUUUCGUCACCCCCGGGCGUCAAUACCAACAUUGACCUGAAAACUGCAGGCAGCUGUACUCUCUGUAUCCAGUGCAUUCUCCCCUUUCUCAUGACACUCGCCACUCCGUCCAGGGUUACAGUCAUUGGUGGAACGCAUGUCAUGAAAUCUCCAAGCUUCGACUAUUUGCAACGAGUAUUUCUCCCAACAUUCAAUCUUCUGGGGAAUGACGUAAAAGCAUGGUUGCGAGCCCCUGGAUAUUUUCCAAGAGGCGGAGGUCGCGUGGAAUUAGAGGUUAACCCAAAUGGUGGAAAAUUUGUCCCCUUCAAUCUCACGGAAAAAGGAUCACUCGUCACAAUUGAAGCUAUACUCAACGUGACACCUAAAUUGGAGAAGCACCUUCCAGAAUUUAGAAGAUUAAUUUCAGAGAAAACGCCCAAACCUCGCAUCGAGUUUCGAAUUUUAAGCUUUGCAUCCGUCGAGUAUUUUGUAACUUGCGAAAAAUCUCGAGCAGGGUUCUCCUACUUGGUGGAAGGGCGUAAUCCAGAACCUGACCAAGUUUUUAAAGCAAUUACUACAGUACAAAAAGAAGUGGAAGAUUUUCUGGUGUCUUCUGCCGCGGUAGACACAUUCUUGGCGGACCAAUUGAUUAUUUACACGUCUUUGGCGAAAUUAAGUGACCCUUCAUCUGCAGAGUCUCGUCUGAGAACGGUCACUCUUUCAGACCAUACAACUUCUGCAAUACAUGUGGCCCAGCUCUUUUCUCCACAAAAUAAAUUCCAAAUAACUAAACGGGAAGAUGGAGCUCACGAUAUUGUUCUUUUGUGAUGUUCCUAUGACUCAAGUUUAUUCAUGACGCUUGUACUGAAAAUAUUAAUAAUUAAUAAUAAUAACAAUUCAUUCAAUAAUA